AUGGCUCGUACUGAAGAGGCUGAGUUCUGGGCUAUGGCCGUUUACAACGCCAUCCAAGAGAUUCCGCAUGGGAAAGUCACGUCCUACGGUCAUAUCGCCCUAUUACUGGGUGAACGUACGAAAGUCCAACCCGAAAGCGAGGCUAAACUAAUACUACAAUACACAGCGCAACGACCACGGCAGGUCGGAGCCUCUCUCAAGUCUCUUCCAUCUGAGGACUCCGGUCUCCAUUUCAAUGCAAGCUCCGUUCCGUGGCAGCGAGUUAUUAAUGCCAAGGGCAUGAUAUCUCACCGCGGGCCUGGGAGUGCGCAACGUCAGGCGGAUGCUUUGCGUUUAGAAGGUGUUGUUGUCGAAAAUGAUAGCAUGGGUGAAAUGUAUGUCGACUUUUCACGGUUUGGAUGGUUUCCAAAGAUGUUACCUAGUGAGGAGCAAGAGGACAGGGACAAGGUUACUUAA